UGUGUUUUUGGCGCGGAUCGAAUAUCGUUUAUAUCCAACUGCUAUAUCAGUAUUUACUACGAUACAAAGGGUAUUCCUAUUGGUUUCAAAUUGAUAUAAGGAAGAUGGUGUUGUUUUAGUUUUGAUUGUGUUUGCUUUCGUAUCUAGUAUGUUAUUGUUUUCAGUCGCUUAGUUUGCAGAAUUAAACAAGUGCAUACAAUAUUAAGAGACUAAUAAACGUUUAGAAUAUUGCAUUCGUAUAUAUUGUAUUUCGAUACAGGCAAAGGAAGUCAUUUGGGCAUUGGCAGACGCAACAAUGAAGAUGCAAGUCCACUAUGUGUUCUUCUUUUUGGCGUUAUGCAUUUGCGUUAAAAAAGCCGACAGCGCAUGUCCAAAUAGUUACUGGGGAACUGACUGUAAGCAAGAGUGUGAGGUUAACUGUUACAGUUCAUAUUCUUGUGAUCAAGAAACUGGAGUAUGUGGUUAUUGUAGAUACGGCUUUUGGGAUGACUUCUGUAAUAGAAAAUGUCCAGAAAACUGUAGCUCUUCUUCAUGCAAUCAAGAUGGAAGUUGUCAGUCUUGUCUGGAUGGUUUGUUCGGUACAACGUGCAAAAAUAUGUGUGAUACAAAUUGCAGGAAAUGUCAUCAAACGACCGGCGCAUGUACAACAUGUAAUGUUGGUUGGUGGGGAGAAUUCUGUAACUACACAUGCACUCCAAACUGCAAAAUAUGCGACAAAUUAGCAGGUGGGUGUGAGAAAUGUAAAAACGGAUACUGGAAUAGUUCAUGUGACGAAAGAUGUCCUGCGUCGAAUUGUGAUAUUUGUACUAUCACAUCAGGGGAAUGUCAGACGUGUAAAGCAGGAUUUUGGGGGACAAACUGUCAGAAAACUUGUGGAAACUGUGAGUCGGAUAAAUGCGGUAAAACUGAUGGACUAUGUACAUCAUGUCAAUCUGGAUAUGCUGGUCAAAACUGCACAAUACCUUGUAGUGUUGAAAAUUGCAACUCGGUCUCAUAUUGCAUAAAUAAUGGGUGUAAUGCAUGUAUUUCUGGAUACUGGGGUGACUUUUGUGAGAAUAAAUGCAGUCAGAAUUGUUCAUCAAGCUGUGAUAAAAGCAAUGGAAAUUGUAGCAGCUGUACAUCCGGCCUCUGGGGAGCAAAUUGUGACAACAAAUGCAUGUACAACUGUUCCUCGUCAAGCUGUAUUAGAUCAAACGGACAAUGUAGCACUUGCAAGUCUGGACUUUGGGGUUUAUCGUGUGAUGAAAUCUGUGGCCAUGGUUGUGAAUCCUUAACCUGUGAUAGGGACGAUGGAGAGUGCAGCAGUUGCAAGAAUGGUUUUUGGGGCGAAAUUUGCCAGAAUGCUUGCGGUCAAGGCUGUGAUUACACAACUUGUAGAAAAAGUGACGGAUAUUGUAAUCUUUGCAAAAGCAGAUUUUGGGGAGACGUUUGUAACAAGACAUGCAGUAAAAAUUGUUUGAGCUGUAGUAAAGACAUUGGUGUGUGCAAAACAUGCAAUGCUGGAUUGUGGGGGCCAUCAUGCAGACAAGAAUGCAAUCAGUCGUGUUCCACUUUUGAAUGUUUUAUCGAGUCCGGCGAAUGUAAGAAAUGUCAUUUAAAUAAAUGGGGAAUGUUUUGUGAAAAAAUAUGUAGCACAUCUUGUUCAUGGGGUUGUCACAGGCAAACUGGACAUUGUUUAACUUGUAAAAACAGAUACUGGGGUCAGGAUUGUUCCAACAUGUGCAACAGCACAAGAUGUGAACAGUGCUCUAUAACAAAUGGAAUAUGCACAUUAUGUCAACCUGGAUUUUGGGGUGAGGACUGUCAGUCUUCAUGCAAAUCUGAUAAAUGCCUUCAAUGCUAUAGAGACACUGGUUAUUGCAGUGCAUGUCCACCAGGUCGAUGGGGAUUGUUUUGUCAAAACACAUGCCGGGAUGAGUGUCGAUGUUGCAGCAUUAGUACUGGAUCUUGCUCAUUGUCAUGUCCUGAUGUUUUAGAUUAAGACGACGGAAAUAUAGAAAGGAAGAGAACAGGGCAAAAGGUAAAAAAUAGUUAUGCUGCUAAAAAUGUGCUCAAUGCUGUUGUCAAAUUAUUCUCCUCUUCGGUACCAUUGAUUCAAGCACGUUAGCAUUGAAAAUAAGAUAU